UUUACGUUUAAUUUUGCCAGUAUAUAUAAUUAUUAUUUGUAGAUUCAGAUCAAACCAGAUCACAAGCGAUUAAUUGCAGCUGUUAAGUUCAAACUUAAUUAACCUAAUAUUAGUAUAACGUAGGAAAUCGACUGCUCAGUAAAUUGUGCUCUUUGAGAUUGAUAAACAUGUACACUGCACACACCAUUCUUGUAUUCUGUGUCUUGGUAACAGUAACAUUUUGUGAAAAUUAUACCGGACCUUUGCAAUUAGAAGAAUUGAAAAACAGGCUUGGUUGGGGCAAACUCGGUGGCAUGUGGGGAUAAUAUUUACGCAUAUACAUAGAAUAUUGGUAUAAUAAUAACGUAACAUUUUCAAAAUAAAAAAAAUCUAAAUUAAAUCUGUUUGUAUGGCUUUUUCGUUACAUUUGGAUUUUUAAAAACAUUUUUGUUUCCGCACGUAUCUAGGCGAUGUCCAUUACAUUUGUAAAAAAUACAAGGUCAGUCUAAAAACAUUAUUAUAUAUCUCUUUAUUAUCUCUCUGUUACUUAAAACGUGCCUUAAAUACAUUAUACCAAGAAUCUAAGGUACAUUAUUCGCCUAGCCGAUUCGAUUUAAAACUACAUAAUAUUAUAAUUUUAUAAUACGAGUCACUUUUUCCUGAAUAUUUGCUCUUUUUGAUAUUUGACAUGAAACAGGUUUUUAAAAUAAUAUAAUAUCAUGUGAAACAUACCUGGAAGAGAUAAAUAACCAUUAUAAGAUUCAAUAAGACGCCAGGAAAAAUAAUAAUAAUAAUAAAUAUAUAAAAAAUAAUUUGUUUUGGGCAUGUAAAGGUUAAAAAAUAACAAUGUCUAGAUUAUAUUUAUAAUGGGAUCACAGUUGAGUCCAAAACAUAAAAAGAAUCAUCUAAAUCGAUUCAUAAACAAAUAAUACAUACCAGACAACAUAAAGACAAAUUAUACAAUAAGAUAUUUAUACUCGUAUACGACAAAUUGAGAAUGUUUUUAAGUCGGUUAAAAAUGUUAUCCUUAUAAUAGUAAAAAAAUUUAGUUAUAUGAAAUUAAAAACCACACAUAAUAUGAUAAACUGUUAUUGAAAAGGUAGACAAUGACAUCUACUGUGACGACAUACCAUGUAACAGCUUUCACUUCAUAAUAAACGUAACAUUAUGAGAACCUUAACCUGGCCUUGAACUGAGAUGAAAUAAAAACCGGAAAGAGGUGAAAGGCACUCCUCUUUCCAUUAUUAAAAAUAUCAGGAAUACACCCAGUAGUGCUCCCAGUUAGUUUGGAACGACACAACGUAUUAAUCUACAAUUUAAAAUAAUGAACGUCAUACUUGGUCUGUUAGGAAUAACUAGCAUAAUAGAAGGAGUAGUUCUGGAUCCAGCUCUAUAUUUGGCUCCAAGUCCUCCUUUGACAACAUCAAAAGACAACGAUGCACAAAAAAUGUGGUCGGGAUCCAUGGUUCCAAGGAUGAAAGAAAGAGACAACUCGGCUACAUUUCUUUUGGAAAAUUCCGAAGGAACAUCGCUCGAACCAGAGUCAAUGGAAGAAUCUGAGACAUUUUGGCCACGCUUUCGUUCAUCAAGUUUAAAAGGAAUUUACGUUCCCCUAAGUUUCCACCUAUCUGGUACAUAUGGAGGAGGCUCAGGUACUGGUGUCUAUAGUAGCGGCUACAUUGACAUGCCAGAAGCCUAUGGCAACCUAGGCAAAGCAGUUCUAGCUGGCACUAAUUACAAAUCAUCAGGAGGAUAUUCUGGCUUAAGAAUAUUCGGCAGUAGUAGUAGACCUGUGUGGAGUGGGUGGGGUAAUGGGAAAUGGGGUCAUUACGGCAAAGGUUAAAAGGUGUUUUUCUGUAAAAUAUUAUUUCAAAUAUGGAUUUAAUUUUUGAGUUUAAAUAUUUACAGUUGUUUGUGGUUUAAACUUAAAUAAGCAUUUUUAACCGCAAUACCGUAAUGUAAAGAUUAAUCACACCGUUAAUUUGAUUUUAAUGAGUCAGUUGAUGGCGUCAACGAGAAAAAUUGAGUAAUCAGUGUCGACCAUUUAUAAAUCGAUUGAUGAAUAAAUAUUAAUGUUUAUUGAAGGAAAAAUCCAAUCAUUAUCUGUCAUAAUUAUUAAUAAUAACAAUAUUCUUUCAAUUUGAUAACGAUAUUCAAACUUGUUGUAUUUCGUAACAUAAUUAAUUGAUAUAAGAAAAUCAAUAGAUAUUAGUUUCCUUCCAUAAUUUUAACAGUCACUAUUAUGUAUAAUUAUUAAUCGUGCUUAAAUUAUUUAAGGAAUAGCAUAUAAAUGAUAUAACUCCCAGAAUGUUAAAAAACAAUAACAACUAAUUACUAGAAAUUAUAAUUUGAUUAAAACAAUUAUGUUCUUAAAUUCUUACAAUUCUCCUCGUCGUUCCUUAUAGGUUACGCAACGCAGUUGACAAUUUGUACUUCUACUUCUUCAUCGUUAAUGAAGCGUUGCCUAUGGCCGUACCCUAUUCGGACAAGAAAGUCCAUUUUCUAAAAAAAGUUUUAUUUAAAUAAUAUACCGGCGCACGGAGAUAAAGCGAUGUCGGAAAAAAUCAAUAUUUUUUCCGACAUCUUCAACAAUUAUCGUCAAUUAUCGUAUUAUUUCAGCAAAUUUACACAAAACCAUAAUGAAUUAUACACUAAAAUUUCCUUAUUAAUCACUGUACUGUACACUUGUGAAAACCUUAUGAAAAAAAAAAAGAAUAUCUGUUCGAUAGUGUUUGAGCUUAUCACAUUCAAAAAAACAAACGCGGC